GUGGAGCCUUCUGUUGAUGCUGCCCUUGCUACUGUGGCCGAGGGGGCCGAAGGCCGAGGUGGCCGCCAAGAAGAAGAAGGGAGGCAAGGGGGUGGAGCCCCCGAUCAAGAAACAGAAGGUUGCCGGGGGCACCAUUGGAAUGGCGGCCCCCCUCAUAGUAAUUGAUGAUCAGCCCUCCGCUGAGUCCCCAGCCGUUGACACCCCGAUGGCUCAAACAGUUCUUCCCCCGGAGAACUUGCCUCGGGAGAUUCUUCAGCUCUCCCUCGCCCCGGGGGCAUCUGUGUUGCACGGUUCAGCUGAACUGAUGUCUUUCCUGAGGGGGAUUACCUCGAUGAUGGAUAAGCAAGCCCUCUCCACCCACGACGACGACGCCCUCGAGAGCAAGGCCCUUCGAUCAUCUCUGGCUAUAAGCGUGUAUAACCCUCGGUGAGCAGGCCCGAAGGCGCGAGGAGUGGCUCCGUCAUAAGGCCGAGCUAGAGAAGUCCGUGAAGGAGUUGAUCCAUGACAAGGACGCUUCCCUCCGGGCGGUGUGCAAGCUGGAGGACGCCCUUCGGCAAGCGGAGCUGAAGCUGAAGGAGGCCAGAGAUGACGGCAAGGCCGAGGGCAAGGCAGAGGCCGAGAGGGUUGCGGCCGAGGAGAGGAAGCAAGCGGCUGAGGACGCCGAAAAGGCCAAGGCCGAAGCUGUUGUCAAAGCCCGAGAAGAGGCCAUCGCUGGGUUCAUCUCCGAGGGUUGGAAGGCCGAGGGCCAGAGGGAGUGGGUGGCCUCUGUGGUGAAGGCCUCGAUCGAGGAGUGGGUGAAAGGCCCCGGGCUCGACUGGAUGAACGAGAGGGGCGACACCUAUUAUCAAGCCGGCGAGUUCUUCACCCAGCAUCUGGUUUACCGGAGGCUCGCCCGGCAUUUCGGCACCCCCCUGGUGGAGUUUGACCCCUCGGUGUAUGGCCUCCCCCCGUUGCAGCCAGAUGUGAGAGCCCCCCUCCCCGAGGGCGACGAGCGCCCGGUGAUUCAUGAUUCUAUGAUGAUGAGCGGCGAUGAUGAUGGUGCUACCGUCGGGGAUAAUGCCGUCGAAGAAGAAAUCUCCUCCAAACCUGCCGCAGGGACCGUCGAUGAAGUGGCUGAUAAAUCUGAACUCGUACUUAGCUGAUUUUUGAAAACUCUUUGUAAUGAACCUUUGUCACCCCUCG